ACUCGGAGCAAAUGCUUCAAGGAGAACCUUUCCCUAUCCGUAAGUCUUCGCACACGCCACGAGGCUAUUGCACGGCGCAUCGUCCACCACUCACCUCAACUCCUCGUCGUUUUUGCAUCCCGGCAAUUCCUCGUAUCCCAGACCUGCCAGACGCCCUUUUAAUCCCACUCGAUGAACGAAUCCACUCCACGGCGUAAGAAACACUGUUGGCGGAAGCAAAGUCAGUCAGAUCUGCAUCUGCCUGGAGAGGAAAGCAGGCAAGGGGACAUUGCACUCGAGCAGUACCCUCGCCCAUCCUCGUGGGCGUUAUCCAAAUUGCUCGAUCGGGUUCGCAAGUUUGUCAAGGCAAUCAAAGAACGUUUCACUCGAAGUGCUGGACGAUCUCCGAUUCCUUCGCCCAUGCCUAAUACCUUCAGCAGACCAAGUCAGGUCGACGGGACGGAAUCGCUCGACCCUCAGCCAAAAUCUCUGCAAGGAAAACUCGUGAAUGCCACCGACGAGGCCAUCAACUCAGUAGCAACAGAACACACCCUGUGCCCCACGUGCCAGAAGUCCAUCGACACCUCCCACCUCUUCCAUAACCCAUCUCGGGGUUCAGAAGACUUCCGUCGCUAUCCCGAUUGCGAGACACUCGAAGCGUCGUCUUCUGCUGGAGGAUGCCACCUUUGUUCUUUGAUUCUUGGAAAAAUACGGCAGCAGCAGCAGCCUGCAACUGGGCCCAUCACUGUCACCCUUCAAGUUUCGCGUUCAGGUGGGAUGACGCUGUUGAUCCAGGCGGGGGAAACUGGUAGCCAGAGGAUGGGUUAUCUCGUCAUUGUCCCAGUCGAUGAUGUGGAGACUCCCACCACAUGCACGUCUGCCACUGGAAAAUUCACGUUUCCGAGUCAGAGCAGCUACGAAAACGCACGAACUGCAAAAUCGUUGGCUUCGGAAGCGUCAUUCAAUUUGGCCCGGGAGUGGCUACAACAAUGUCUGCAGAAACAUCAUAAAUGCAUGGAGACAGUCAGGGCAGCACGGACAACGAACGGUCCCAGUCGGCUCAUUGAUGUCGGGUGUGAUGAUGGGGUGGAACCCAGGGUUGUAAUCAGUCAGGAACUGGGCGAGACAAGGCUGGAGUACUUGACGCUCAGUCACUGCUGGGGCGGGGCUGAGAUUCUUCGGCUUCUUAAAGAGAACAUCGAUAGUCUGAAGGUCGGAAUCCCACCCUCUACCCUACCGAAAACGUUUCAGGAUGCAAUUGUUAUCACUCGACGAUUAGGAUAUCAAUACCUCUGGAUCGAUUCCCUCUGUAUCAUCCAAAAUUCCCCCUCCGACUGGCGCUCCGAGUCUGCAAUCAUGGGUGAAAUCUAUGCCAAUUCCACUUGCACCAUUGCUGCCCUCACCGCACGCAACUCCCAUGAGGGCUGCUUCUUUGACCAUGCCCGGAACCCACUGUUCUUCCGCCCAUGCCGAGUCCUAGACCGUUGGUACGUUGAAGCCAACUCCAAUGUUGGCGUCGAUCUGCGGAUGGGGUUGUCGCCCCUCCCGCUUCACACCCGUGCAUGGGUCGUCCAGGAGCGGAUCCUUGCCCCAAGGACGCUGUACUAUGGCUUUACGGGGCUCGCAUGGGAAUGUACAGAGUGUUCAGCCACGGAAGCUAUGCCAGGUGGGGAGGUGAGCAGGUUUUCCCCCAAGGCAUCCUUCUUCGGUAUACAACAGCAAACGGACGAGGAGAAAUACGGCGCUUGGAUGGACAUCCAGAUCUCGUACACGCAGUGUCACCUGACGCGGUUUGACGACAGGUUGGUGGCAAUAUCGGGCGUGAUAAAGCGGAUUGAGAUGCUGACGGGGUGGGAAAAUGUGUGGGGCUUGUGGAGGGAGUGGUUGUUGAUUGAUAUGCUGUGGUUUGUGGAGGAGCCGACGUGGGGUAGACCGGAGACAGAUGAGUAUUUGGCGCCAACAUGGUCAUGGAUGGGGGUUGAGGGAAGAGUGAUGGCAGCGAUUGGGGCUGGAGAACAGAGGAGGUGGACAGCAGAGGUCAUCGAUGUUGGGUCACUUGGUGAACGGGGAUAUGUUCGGAUCAAGGCAAUGAUGCGGAGGGUGAAGUGUACAACUGAGUGGAGGUUGAAUUCGGGGAUCGAAACACCAGCACCGACGUGGGAAGAGGUGGAUUGGGAUCCAGAUGUGAUACUGACGACGGACGACGUGGAGAAGGAGAUGUGGUGUUUAUUAGUUGCAAGGCUGCCGGAGUACCUCGGAGGGAGUGAGGCAUUUGAUAUUGGAUUGGUGGUGACGCCGAAAGGAGAGGAAUGGGCACGGGUGGGGAUUUUUAGACAACUGCGGGAGGGGAAUGCUUUGUUUCCAGAGAAUGUAGUGGACAUUGUUGAAGUAGCAAUCGUGUAAAAAUGUAAUGGUGUACCACUUCCCCCAUCAAACAAGUUCUUGAAUUCAAAGGAGCGCCCCGAGAACUACAAAUGUAUUACAUCAAUAUUGUCUAUCACAACCUAAUGCUAAUCAGAGCCC